GUAAGUCACGGGAGAGCCGCAGCUCCUCCGUUUCACUUUCUCUGGCUGCCAGUCCCACAGAUAAGCGGCCUGACAGCGGUGUCGGGUUUGUUAUGAUGGCAGUGGAAGCUAUUUCUUCUCCAGACUGGGAAUUUGACCGAUUUGACGAUGGGUCGCAAAAGAUCCACACGGAGGUGCAACUGAAGAAUUAUGGGAAGUUUCUGGAAGAGUACACGUCCCAGCUCCGUGGCAUCGAGGACGCGCUCGAUGACUCCAUCGGAGACGUGUGGGACUUCACCCUGGACCCCAUUGCUCUGAAGCUUGUCCCCUAUGAGCAGUCCUCACUCCUGGAGCUGAUCAAAACAGACAACAAGGUCCUGAACAAAGUUAUCACUGUCUUCGCCGCUCUCUGUAGCGAAAUCAAAAAACUGAAAUACGAGGCUGAAACUAAAUUCUACAAUGGUCUUCUGUACUAUGGGGAAGGAGUGUCGGACACCUCUGUGCUGGAGGGGGAGUCCCAGGUGCAGAUGGGGCGCUUUAUAUCCUUCCUGCAGGAGCUAUCGUGCUUCGUGUCUCGCUGUUUCGAGGUUGUGGUGAACGUGAUCCACCAGCUGGCCUCCCUCUACAACAGCAGCAAGGGCUCCACAAAAAUCAUCGAGUCAUCUGGAGUUCACUUUCAGACGGUGUACGAGCAGCUGGGGGAGUUGCUGGUGGUGCUCAUCACCCUGGAUGAGAUUAUGGAGAACCACAGCACCCUGAAAGAGCACUGGAAGAUGUACAAGAGGUUACUCAAAUCCGUACACCACAACCCCUCCAAGUUUGCAAUCCCGGAGGACAAGCUGAAGCCGUUUGAGAAGCUUCUACUGAAACUGGAGGGGCAGCUGCUGGACGGCAUGAUCUUCCAGGCAUGUGUGGAGCAGAGGUUUGAUAACCCAGGAGAGGGUGUCUCCGUGUCCAAAAACAGCGCUUUCGCGGAAGAGUUCGCCCUCAAUAUCCGGACAAUCUUCACCAACGUGGAGUCCAAGCUCGGUGAGCCGUCAGAGAUCGAUCAGAGGGAUAAGUAUGCUGGCGUCUGUGGGCUGUUCGUGCUUCAUUUUCACAUCUUCAGAGCCGUCGACAAGAAGCUGUACAAAGCCCUGCUGGACAUCUGCAAGAAGGUCCCGGCUGUAACGCUCACUGCGAACAUCAUCUGGUUCUCCGACUCCUUCCUGAUGACUAAAGUUCCGGCCGCAGCCAAACUGAUGGACAAGAAGAGUCUGCAGAGCAUCAAAGCUCAGAGAGAAGCUUUCCUGCAGCAGAAAGCACAGAGCCUGACCAAGGAUGUGCAGUCCUACUAUGUGUUUGUCACUUCGUGGAUGAUGAAGAUGGAGUCAAUUCUGUCCAAAGAGCAACGGAGCGACAAGUUCGCCGAAGAUCUGAGCAGCAGAUGCGGUGUGUUUGUGCAGGGCAUUCUGUACGCAUAUGGAAUCGGCAUCAUCAUCAGAACCACCAUGAACCUGUACAUGUCCACCCAGAAGCCCAUGACCAAGACCACGGUGAAGGCCCUGUGCAGGCUGGUGGAGCUGCUCAAGGCGGUCGAGCACACGUUCCACAGGCGCUCCAUGGUGGUCGCUGACUCCGUGUCCCACAUCAGCCAGCAGCUGCAGUCCCAGGCGCUCGCCUCCAUCGCCACGGCCAAGAAACGAGUGAUCUCGGACAAGAAGUACAGCGAGCAGCGGCUGGACGUGCUGUCGGCGCUGGUGCUGGCGGAGAACGCUCUGAACGGCCCGAGCACGUGGGAACGGCGGCUGGUGGUGUCGCUCGCUCUCAGCGUGGGAACCCAGAUGAAAACAUUUAAGGAUGAGGAGCUGCUGCCCCUGCAGCUGGUUUUGAAGAAACUGGACCUGAUCAGUGAGCUGAGAGAGAGGGUGAAGGUUCAGUGUGACUGCAGUUUCCUGUAUUGGCACCGCGCGGUCUUCCCCAUCUACCUGGACGAUGUCUACGACAGCGCGGUGGACGCAGCGCGGCUUCACUACAUGUUCAGUGCUCUGAGAGACUGCGUCCCCACCAUGCUGCACGCCAGACACCUGGAGUCAUGUGACCAGCUGCUUGAGAGCUAUGACACGGAGACCAUGCAGGUGUUUAAGGAGCACCUCCUGGAUAAGCUGUGUAAGGAGAUAGAGAAAGACCUCCGUCUGUCCGUCCACACACACCUCAAACUGGACGACAGGAACCCCUUUAAGGUGGGGAUGAAGGACCUGGCUCACCUGUUCUCCCUCAAACCCAUCCGCUUCUUCAACCGCUUCAUCGACAUCAAAGCCUAUGUGACACACUACCUGGAUAAGACCUUCUAUAACCUGACCACGGUGGCGCUGCACGACUGGGCCACCUACAGCGAGAUGAGAAACCUGGCAACCCAGCGCUACGGCCUGCUGAUGACCGAAGCGCACCUGCCCAGCCAGACCCUGGAACAGGGUCUGGAUGUUCUCGAGAUCAUGAGGAACAUCCACGUGUUUGUCUCACGUUACCUGUACAACCUGAACAACCAGAUCUUCAUUGAGAGGACCAGCAACAACAAGCACCUGAACACCAUCAACAUCCGCCACAUCGCCAACUCCAUCCGGACCCACGGCACGGGCAUCAUGAACACCACGGUGAAUUUUACCUACCAGUUCCUACGGAAGAAGUUCUACAUCUUCAGCCAGUUCAUGUACGACGAACACAUCAAGUCCCGUCUGAUCAAGGACAUUCGCUUCUUCAGGGAGACCAAAGACCAGUCUGAUCAGAAGUACCCUUUUGAGCGGGCGGAGAAGUUCAAUCGCGGGAUCAGGAAGCUGGGAAUCACCCCCGAUGGACAGAGCUACCUGGACCAGUUCAGACAGCUCAUCAGUCAGAUAGGUAAUGCUAUGGGCUACGUGCGCAUGAUCCGCUCUGGAGGCCUCCACUGCUGCAGCAGCGCCAUCAGGUUUGUUCCGGAUCUCGAGGACAUUGUGAACUUUGAGGAGCUGGUGAAGGAGGAGGGGCUCUCGGAGGAGACGCAGAAAGCUGCCAGCGUGCUGGACUCGGUCCUGGGUGAUCUGACCAGUAACUCGGCAGAGGGGACGGAGUACUUUAAGAUGCUGGUGGGCGUGUUCGCUCAGGAGUUCCGCAGUGUUAAAAAUAUGCACCUCAGGAACUUCUACAUGAUCGUGCCUCCACUGACGGUGAAUUUCGUGGAGCACUCCAUCGGCUGCAAGGAGAAACUCAACAAGAAGAACAAAGGAGGGGCUGCCUUCACUGACGAUGGCUUUGCUAUGGGUGUGGCCUACAUUCUGAAGCUGCUCGAUCAAUACCAGGAGUUUGACUCGCUGCACUGGUUCCAGUCGGUCAGGGAUAAGUACCGGAAGGAGCUGAGCGCGGUGACUAAAGAGCAGAAUGUUCAGGCCUCGGGCCAGGAUGAGAAGCUGCUGCAAACCAUGAACCUCACCCAAAAGAGGCUUGACAUCUACCUGCAGGAGUUUGAGCUGCUGUAUUUCUCCCUGAGCAGCGCACGCAUCUUCUUCAGAGCCGACAAAACGGCUGCAGAAGAGAACCAGGAGAGGAAGGACAGAGAAGAGGCGUACAAAUCGGGCAGCAGUAACCCCUCCGGUGAUCCUGCCUCAGACCCCGCCCCCAAGUGAGAGGUGGGGGUGUGGCUAACCCUAGGCAUCUCACGGAUAUUCACACCUCGCGGAGAGCCUGUACUGGAGCAGCGCUUCCCACACACCUGUUCUCGGAGAGGGAAGAGGGAGAGAGAGAGAGAGAAAAGAAGAGGAGAAAGAGAGAGAGAGAGGGAGGAGGAGGCGGCAAGGGAGAAUAUAGAGAGUGAGAGGGAGGAAAGGAGAGGAGAGGGGGGAAGAGGAUAAAGACUGGACUGCAGGUGGUGGGACAGAGUAGUGUGAUCAGGAAGCAAAGGAUGUUGGGUAAUCCUACCCCUUCUCUCUCGGACUGGUCUGUUUCAGGACCUGAACAGGGCCAGGCUUCCUGAAUCCUAGUUCCAUCAUUAGAGUCUUCUGGUUCUGGUUCUGGAUCCACCUUCACAUUACGUUAGCAGAAUGUGCAUCUGCCGGCCCGGGUCUUGUUCUCUGCUCCUAAUAAAACUCCUGCUCCGUUCACACACCUCUCCUUCAUCAUUACACCGCCCACCCCCCCGCCCACAAACACACACACAGCACAGGAUGACCAGGAGUGUUCGUCUGAGGGACUGCAGUUUUGUCUUUUUAUCACUUCCUUUUCUUGCUCGAAUGAACCGAAGGACGUUGGCAGCCGCUCAGUUGCGCGCAAAAGCGCUUCGCAGCUACAACCCUGCUUUUGCAGCUUAGUGAACUCGACAGAGAACGCUGCUGAAAAUGGUUAACAUUGGCUUGUCUCCUCGUAACAGCGCAUUGUGGAUUUCCCUAACGUAACCUAAUGUACGCAGCUGUGGGAUUGUGCCAUCUUCCUGCAGUCACAAAUACUCACGGUUGCAAGAAUUGAUUGCUGUGGCAAUUUGAUUGGAAUUUUGAACAGAUUUUAAUUAUUUUAUUUUUUGAUUGGGUGGUACUGAUAUGUCAUCAUCAGUGUCCCUCCCCCUUAUAUGAAGUAUAACCUGAGUAUGUCUUGUCUUGUUUUGUCUUGUAUUUGUCUUGUUUUAGGACAUGGACAAUGACCGUUGAUCUUGUAACGCGAAUCUAAAGAGCAAGGAACAGUGAGAGCUAAAGAAACAGUCUCCUCUCUGAUCACGAAAUUGCAUUUAGUCCACGGACAAAAAAAAAAUCCUUCCGGUUUAUUCCGCUGUGUUCUCCAGUCUCGCGUUUGAGUCGGAGUGCUCAGUCCGGCUCAGUCUGACCGUUUUCUGAUCCCGUUUUCACUGCAACUUUUUACCGUUUCUGUUGCAUCAAAUGCGUUCUGUCGUUUUUACUAUCCUUACGUCUGAUCGAUGGCUGUGUACCACAUUGAAAUUUGUCUUGCACGUCGAUGCCUUUCUGUCCUUAUUAAAAAUCUGCGCCUUUUAAUUGUACCCUACAAAGUUCAGUGUAGUGCCUUGUUUACAAUGGCAAACUUUCGUUAUGUUUCUGCGCGUCCAAUUUCCUUUGUACAAUGGUUUUUUUUCUUUUCUGAUUCAAAAGCCUGUAACUCUGCUGUGUUUAACACUCCGACAUUCCCAUUUUGAUUGGUUACUUGAGCAACAGACAGGAAAACGUGUGGCCGGGCAGCUUACUGAGAGGGAGUGGCCAGGGUAGAGCAGGGGAAUUCCCCUUCCUGCAGAGGGAAACCGACUUCCUCCACCGGGAUGGUUUCUCUCUUUUUCUCUACAUUUAUGGCACAUGCCAGUUUUUUUGUUUUUGUUGAUUUUUUAAAAACCUUUGUACAGAAAAUUGCAUUUGUUUAUAUUAAUCGUGUGCAUUAAAUCACAGCAUCUUUGUGACAUACUGGAUGUUAAUAAAAAAGAACCAAUAUUUCAAUCAUAAAUGCAGCAGGCGUAAGGGUUGAGUUAAUCUGGGUUUGGUUUCGAGUGUGAAUGGCGGUUUGUGAGGAGACCAUAAUCCUUGAUCCCAUAUCAGCAGAAACCAGAAGUGCUGAGACACGGUGUGCCAAACUGGGUAACAGACCCUACAGACAAACCAGAUGGGCAACUACUGCCUUCCUUCUUCUAGUAUAGGGGGAUCAGGGGGGUGUUUCACAAAGCAGGAUUAUCAAGACCGCUGGAUAACUGCACUGAGUAAAACCUGGAACAGCUCCUUUUACUUCAAUCCAUGUUCCAGAUUUGGAAGGGUUCCAGGUUUUACUCAGUGCAGUUAUGCAGCCAACUCUGUAAUCCUGCUUCAUGAAACAGGGCCCAGGUUGUCAACGUGUUAUUUUGUUUAUACUAAACAUUGGAACCAAAAAUGGGAGGUUUUGGGAUUUAACUGCAGUGAGACUGAUCUUUGACUGUUCAGAACAAAAAUAUUAAAUAUCUGAUAGGUUUGAAGAGUCACUGACUAGGUGGCAUGAAGACAAUGUGCUACACUGGGAACCUGCCAGGGGUCAUGGACCCCAUGCAAAUACAUGACACCAGGCCACUUAAGGAAACCGAUGUCACCCUGUCAAUCCAAACAUUUUUGGGCCCGGUCCAGCCUGGGGCCCCUCAAAUCCUUACCACUUUUUCCUGGGUAAACUGAACAGUGAGACCAGGAGAAACAAUUAACGUUUUUAUUUCUGUGCAUCAGAGUUCAGACGACAUUUAAACAUGACUUCUAAGGGCACUGAUGGUGGGGUUUCCACCCCUGACCUCCAGGGGCUGCAGUCCAAAUGCGAGGCCCUGACCUGCUUCUCUCCGUUUGGUACCAAAUACACUGAUCCUGGAUCAGCCACAAUGGGUAGAAAAUACUGAGCUCCUUUCUAGUUAGUGCCAAUGACUGACCCUGAAUCAGUCCGUCUAAGUGCAAUACACCAGACCUGGUUCAAAUACACAUUUUAAUUACUUUAACUCUUGAGAUGCUGGCAAAAAAAAAAAAAUUAAA